ACUAUAUUUCCCAAAUGUGUUUAUUUAUUUUUACACAUUUGAAUGAAUACACCACUUCCAAACACACUUUUUAAAACGUGAAAAGAAAAAACUUAUUCCACUGUUAUCACUCCCACUUGACAUCACACACACACACGCACGCACGCACACACACAAACACACAUCAGAGUUAAUAACCCAUUGAAUUUCACAUCUGCAACCUUUACACAUUCAUACUAUAUUACUGAUGACAAAAAAUGGACAAAAAAAUACAGAGACAAAACUGUAUAUCCCAAAACUUAUUUCAUUUAUUUUUAUAUACAGAUUCAUGUUAGCUGUGCAUCUUGAUGAAUAUACGACUUUCAAACACUUUUUAAUACAAGAAAAGAAAAAGCAACUUAUUCGACUGUUAUAUUGCUUUUAUAUGAUUUCUGUUUGCCUGGCCUAAAGAUGUCUUUUUAGCAAAUCACAUGCAUGCACACACACGUGCUCGCACAGACAGACAGACAGACACACACACACACACUACUUUUGCAUUAAACACUGCAAUACAUACCUUCCACCUUGGCAGAGCACCAUGACGCAAUUAACAUGAAAUUUGUGGGAAGUGUAAAGAAUGUCCCCACUUCAACUGACAGCCCUCCUAAUCUACUUAAUUGUACAGAUAUGAGACGAGGGAGAGUAGGAGCGUUUUGUACAGUACAAUACUGAUAGUGGUGAUAUGAUAUGCUUAAUAUAGGUAAUGACAGACGCCCUUGUGCAUAAAUCAUCUGUGCAUUUCUUUUACUUUGAUUAUCGUUCACAUGAUACUUUUUGUUGUGGUAGAUACCUCACUCCCAAUGGAAUGCUGAAAUCCCAGUGCAGGUGUGAGCCCAGCUAAUCCCACAGCAGCCCUCAACACAAGUCGUUUUCCUGGUUGAGCCUCACGCUGGCAUGAUCCAUGGAAUAACCACAGUUACAACCAACCACAUCACCCCAGAUCACCCCACCCCACCCCAACCUCUCCUGCCUCUGCCAAAAUCAGACAAUGACUGUACCGAUGCAUUCAAUUCCAUCAUCCCAUAUUUAGAAUUCCGGCUAUCUUUAUAAAGGAAAGGACGAGGACUGUGGAGACAGUGGGUUUUCAAAUCAAGUCAUCCAAAGGUAAGCCACAAAAAUAUCUACUUCGCCUUCUAUUUUAUUUUGAAGAAUGAUUAGCACUGAACCGUUUGUCAUGUCAGUGAUAUUGACAAAAAUAGAAAUCGGUCAAAUGUAACAUAAAGAUUCACAUCAUUUUUUUCACAAUAUGUAUAUGACAAAAAGCCCAGUUUCUGUUAAAUUACCCACGUCAUUAGUCAAUGUUCUGUUAUUUUAAAGUAAUAUCCAAGUGUUUUGAGUAGAUAUGUAUUAACACAUGCUUAAUGUUACUUAGUAUAGUGGGUGAUAAUAAUAAUAAUAUUAAUAAUAAAAAUAGUAAUAAUAAUAAUAAUAUAACUUUUAGAUUUCAAAUUUUAAUUAAUUUAUCAUACACUUUAUGAGAUAUGUGGAAAGUUUCCAGACUGGAAACAAAGUAUGGAUCUGCAUGAGGAAUUGGCCUGACAUUAAUCAAAAAAGUCCACUAGGAAUGAACAUGGUCCCAAAAAAUGCUAAGUAAAGAAGUAAACCCUAUAUUGAGCAGGUUUAUAGCUGUGAGGUUGGUUAUUUAUGGGAUUACUUUUCGAGAAAAGAAAAGAUUUAUAUGAUAACUUGACAAUAUGAUUUUGUGACUAUACUCUUUAACUCUUCCAGGCGUUAACUCAUAAUUGAUCAACUCCUUAUGUAUGAGCUUCAUCAAAUAUAUUGUUCUUUCUUUUCAUUCAUUUUAUCCAUACUAGGAUUAAGAAGUACAAGGAUUUGUUUUGUUAUGGGUGGUUUUAAUGACUAACUUCUCUUCAAGCCAAACCAUGGGGGACGCUGCGAUGAAGGAGUUUGGGGCGGCGGCUUCGUACCUGAGGAAGUCCGAUAAGGAGCGCCUCGAGGCCCAAACUCGCCCCUUUGAUAUGAAAAAGGAGUGCUUUGUGCCUGACCCUGAAGAUGAGUAUGUGAAGGGAACUAUAGUGAGUCGGGAGGGAGACAAUGUCACCUGUGACACUGAGAAAGGAAAGACUAUCACUGUGAAGGAGGUUGAUGUACACCCCCAGAACCCGCCAAAGUUUGAUAAAAUUGAGGACAUGGCGAUGUUCACCUUCCUGCAUGAGCCUGCUGUGCUGUUUAACCUCAAAGAGCGUUAUGCAGCCUGGAUGAUCUACACCUACUCUGGGUUGUUCUGUGUCACUGUCAACCCAUACAAGUGGCUGCCAGUGUACAACCAGGAAGUUGUUGUUGCCUACAGAGGCAAGAAGAGGACUGAAGCUCCUCCGCAUAUCUAUUCCAUCUCUGACAAUGCUUACCAAUACAUGCUGUCAGAUCGAGAGAAUCAGUCAAUCCUGAUCACUGGAGAAUCUGGGGCAGGGAAGACUGUGAACACCAAGAGAGUUAUUCAGUAUUUUGCCAGCAUUGCUGCAGGAGGCGUCAAGAAGGAUCAAAAAAAUGACAAAAAGGGAACCCUGGAGGAUCAAAUCAUCCAGUGUAACCCUGCACUGGAGGCCUUUGGCAACGCAAAGACCAUCAGGAAUGACAACUCAUCCAGAUUUGGGAAAUUCAUCAGGAUCCAUUUUGCUGCAAGUGGCAAGCUGGCUUCUGCAGACAUUGAGACCUAUCUACUGGAGAAGUCUCGGGUGACUUUCCAGCUUAAGGCUGAGAGAGAUUACCACAUCUUCUACCAGAUCCUAUCUCAGAAGAAACCUGAGCUACUAGAGAUGCUGCUCAUCACUGCCAACCCCUACGACUAUGCCUUCAUCUCCCAAGGAGAGACAACUGUUCAAUCGAUUAACGAUGGUGAUGAACUGAUGGCUACUGAUGAAGCAUUUGAUGUACUGGGCUUCACUCAAGAGGAGAAAAACAGCAUUUACAAGAUGGUCGGUGCCAUCAUGCACUAUGGCAACAUGAAGUUCAAGCAGAAGCAGAGAGAGGAGCAGGCAGAGGCUGAUGGAACUGAGGAUGCAGACAAAUCUGCGUUUCUGAUGGGCCUGAACUCUGCUGACCUCAUCAAGGCUUUGUGUCACCCAAGGGUCAAAGUAGGAAACGAGUGGGUCACCAAGGGACAAAAUGAACAACAGGUAUAUUAUGCCAUGGGUGCACUAGCAAAAGCAGUGUAUGAGAAGAUGUUCCUUUGGAUGGUGGUGAGAAUCAACCAGUCAUUGGACACCAAACAACCUCGGCAGUACUUCAUUGGUGUGCUGGAUAUUGCUGGAUUUGAGAUUUUUGAUUUCAACACCUUUGAGCAAAUGUGCAUCAACUUUACUAAUGAGAAGCUGCAGCAAUUCUUCAACCACCACAUGUUUGUGCUGGAACAAGAGGAGUACAAGAAGGAGGGGAUUGAGUGGACGUUCAUUGACUUUGGGAUGGACUUACAAGCCUGCAUUGAUCUCAUUGAAAAGCCCAUGGGAAUCAUGUCCAUCCUUGAAGAGGAGUGCAUGUUCCCCAAGGCCAGUGAUGCCACCUUUAAAGCCAAGCUCUAUGACAACCACUUGGGGAAAUCCAACAAUUUCCAGAAGCCAAGAAUUGUCAAGGGGAAACCAGAGGGCCAUUUCUCCCUGGUUCACUAUGCUGGCACUGUUGACUACAACAUCAAUAACUGGCUCACGAAAAAUAAAGAUCCUCUCAAUGAGACAGUAGUUGGUUUAUAUCAAAAAUCUUCAGUAAAGCUACUGUCCAAUCUUUUUGUCAACUAUGCAGGAGCUGACUCUGCAGUGGAUGCCAAGGGGAAGGAGAAGAAGAAAAAAGGCUCUUCUUUUCAGACCGUUUCUGCCCUACACAGGGAGAACCUGAACAAACUAAUGACAAACCUGCGGUCAACUCACCCCCACUUUGUGCGCUGCAUCAUCCCCAAUGAGACCAAGACUCCUGGGGCCAUGUGCAAUCCAUUGGUCAUGCACCAGCUGCGCUGUAACGGUGUGCUGGAAGGCAUCAGAAUCUGCAGAAAGGGCUUCCCCAACAGGAUCCUGUAUGGAGAUUUCAAACAGAGAUACCGUAUCCUGAACCCUGCAGCAAUCCCUGAGGGACAGUUCCUUGACAGCAAAAAGAGUGCAGAAAAGCUUCUGGGUUCCCUGGACAUUGAUCACAACCAGUAUAGAUUUGGAUACACAAAGGUGUUCUUCAAAGCUGGUCUACUGGGUGUUCUUGAAGAAAUGAGAGAUGAUAGACUUGCACUUAUCAUGACUAGACUGCAGGCUAGAUCCAGAGGUGUUCUGGCUCGAAUAGCAUUCCAGAAGAUUCUUGAACGAAGGGAUGCUGUGCUUGUGAUCCAGUGGAAUAUCCGCGCAUUCAUGUCGGUCAAGAAUUGGCCCUGGAUGAGGAUGUUCUUCAAGAUCAAGCCCUUGCUGAGAUCAGCUGAAGCUGAGAAGGAGAUGGCCAACAUGAAGGAAGAAUUCCUUAAACUGAAGGAGGCCUAUGCUAAAUCUGAAGCCCGGAGAAAAGAACUGGAAGAAAAAACGGUUACUCUUCUCCAAGAGAAGAAUGAUCUGACGCUUCAAGUUCAGACGGAGCAAGACAAUCUUGGUGAUGCGGAAGAACGGUGUGAAGGUUUGAUCAAGAACAAGAUUCAGCUGGAGUCUAAAAUCAAAGAGCUGACUGAGAGACUUGAAGAUGAGGAGGAGAUGAGUUCAGAGCUGACUGCUAAGAAGAGGAAGUUAGAGGAUGAGUCUUCUGAGCUCAAGAAGGACAUUGAUGACUUGGAGCUCACUUUGGCUAAGGUGGAAAAGGAGAAACAUGCCACUGAGAACAAAGUUAAAAACUUGGUUGAGGAGAUGGCAGCUCUUGAUGAGACUAUUGCAAAGCUGACCAAGGAAAAAAAAGCUCUCCAAGAGGCUCACCAACAAACACUGGAUGACCUUCAGAGUGAGGAGGACAAAGUCAACACUCUGACCAAGGCCAAAGCCAAACUGGAGCAGCAAGUUGAUGAUCUAGAAGGGUCACUGGAGCAGGAAAAGAAACUGAGGAUGGACCUUGAGAGAAUAAAAAGGAAACUUGAGGGUGACCUAAAGUUGACCCAGGAAAAUGUGAUGGAUUUAGAAAAUGAUAAACAGCAACUGGAAGAACGUCUGAAGAAGAAAGAUUUCGAAAUUAGCCAUCUGAAUAGUAAGAUUGAAGAUGAACAGAUCAUUGCCACACAGCUACAGAAGAAACUGAAGGAGCUACAGGCUCGCAUUGAGGAGCUUGAGGAAGAACUGGAAGCUGAGCGAGCUGCCCGAGCCAAAGUGGAGAAGCAGCGAGCUGACCUGGCCAGAGAGCUGGAGGAGAUCAGUGAGAGGCUGGAGGAGGCUGGAGGUGCCACUGCAGCCCAGAUUGAAAUGAACAAGAAAAGGGAGGCUGAGUUCCAAAAGAUGCGCAGAGACCUUGAAGAGUCCACUUUGCAACAUGAGGCCGUUGCUGCCACACUGAGGAAGAAGCACGCAGAUAGCGUAGCUGACCUCGGUGAGCAGAUUGAUAACCUACAGAGAGUGAAGCAGAAGCUCGAGAAGGAGAAAAGUGAGCUCCGCCUCGAACUGGAUGAUGUCAUCUCCAACAUGGAACAGACAGCUAAAGCCAAGAUAAACUUGGAAAAAUCGUGCAGAACCAUGGAAGAUCAGAUGAAUGAAUACAAGGUUAAAUAUGAAGAUGCUCACCGCAGUAUUAAUGACUUUUCCACACAAAAGGCCAAGCUACAAACUGAAAAUGGUGAGCUUUCCAGACAGCUUGAGGAGAGGGACUCUUUGGUAUCACAGCUGACCAGAAGCAAACAGUCCUACACACAGCAGAUUGAGGAUCUGAAGAGACAAUUGGAGGAGGAAGUGAAGGCCAAGAAUGCACUAGCCCAUGCAGUGCAGUCUUCCCGUCAUGACUGUGACCUCCUGAGAGAGCAAUAUGAGGAGGAGCAGGAGGCCAAGGCUGAGUUGCAGCGCUGUAUGUCCAAGGCCAACUGUGAGGUGGCUCAGUGGAGGACCAAGUACGAGACUGAUGCCAUCCAGAGGACUGAGGAGUUAGAAGACGCCAAGAAAAAGCUCACACAGCGUUUGCAAGAUGCAGAGGAAGCUGUGGAAGCUGUCAAUGCCAAAUGUUCCUCCCUGGAGAAAACUAAGCAUAGACUGCAGAAUGAGAUUGAAGAUCUCAUGGUUGAUGUGGAAAGAUCCAAUGCUCUUGCUGCCGCCCUGGACAAAAAACAAAGAAAUUUUGAUAAGGUCUUAGCUGAGUGGAAGCAGAAGUACGAGGAGUCCCAGGCUGAAUUAGAGAGCUCCCAGAAAGAGGCCAGAUCUCUUGGCACUGAUCUCUUUAAACUGAAGAACACGUAUGAGGAAUCUCUGGACCACUUGGAGACUAUGAAGAGGGAGAACAAAAAUCUACAAGAGGAAAUUUCAGAUCUCAGCGAGCAAGUUGGAGAAAGUGCAAAGAGCAUUCAUGAAUUAGAGAAAAUUCGAAAACAACUCGAGCAAGAAAAAGCAGAAAUACAGACAGCUCUGGAGGAAGCAGAGGCCUCACUUGAACAUGAAGAAGGUAAGAUUCUUAGAGCUCAGCUGGAAUUCAACCAGGUCAAAGCUGACAUGGAGCGUAAAAUUGCUGAGAAGGAUGAGGAAAUGGAGCAGGCUAAGAGGAACCAUCAGAGAACGGUGGACACCCUGCAGAGCUCCCUGGAGUCUGAGACUCGCAGCCGGAAUGAAGCUCUCAGGAUUAAGAAAAAGAUGGAGGGAGACCUCAAUGAGAUGGAGAUCCAACUUAGCCAAGCCAACAGGCAAGCAGCUGAGGCCCAGAAGCAGCUCAAGAGUCUGCAGGGACAUCUGAAGGAUGCCCAAAUACACCUGGAUGAGUCUCUCCGUGCUAAUGAUGAUCUCAAAGAGAACAUUGCCAUUGUGGAGAGACGCAACAACCUGAUGCAGGCUGAACUGGAUGAGCUGAGGUCUGCGUUGGAGCAGACAGAGAGAGGCCGGAAACUGGCUGAACAGGAGUUGCUGGACGUCAAUGAGAGGGUCCAGCUCUUACACUCCCAGAACACCGGCCUGGUGAACAACAAGAAGAAGCUGGAGAAUGAUGUGAAUCAGCUACAGACUGAGGUGGAGGAGGCUGUUCAAGAGUGCAGGAAUGCUGAGGAGAAAGCCAAGAAGGCCAUCACUGAUGCAGCCAUGAUGGCAGAGGAGCUGAAGAAGGAGCAGGACACCAGUGCUCACCUGGAGCGCAUGAAGAAGAACAUGGAGCAAACCAUCAAGGACCUGCAGCACCGCCUGGAUGAAGCUGAGCAAAUCGCCAUGAAGGGUGGCAAGAAGCAAAUUCAGAAGUUGGAGGCCAAGGUGAGAGAACUUGAAAAUGAAUUGGAAACGGAGCAGAAAAAAUGCAGUGAGUCUAUGAAAGGAAUCCGGAAACAUGAAAGGAAAAUCAAGGAACUUACUUACCAGACUGAAGAGGACCGGAAGAAUUUGGCUCGUCUGCAGGAUCUUGUGGACAAGUUGCAGCUGAAAGUGAAGUCCUUCAAGAGGGCAACAGAAGAGGCUGAGGAGCAGGCCAAUGGCAACUUGACCAAGUUCCGUAAGCUGCAGCAUGAGCUGGAUGAGGCUGAGGAGAGAGCUGACAUAGCUGAGUCUCAGGUCAACAAGAUGAGAGCCAAGAGUCGUGAUAUAGGUGCCAAGAAGGGGCAUGAAGAGUGAAGCUCUGUCAUGGACUUUUCUGAAUCCUGAUUGCUCUACUUUUGAGCUUUCCUUUGUAUCCCAUAUACCGUGCUGUAGCUUAAUAGAAUAAAGUAAGACUGCAAAUCUGUGCUUUAUUUCUGUUCUUUCAUCUUAAAUAUAAUUUCCUGAGUUUAAAGGUGGUAAGUAAAAGUAAAAACAAGACAUGUUUCAGGACAACAUGAUCUCCAAAAUUUCCGUGCUCCUGGACACGGAUGUUAAUGACACGAAAUCCGUGUCCAGGAGCAUGGAUUUUGCCAAAAUUCCGUGCUCAUGGACACGGAAUUAUUUUCCGUGGUGGACACAUGGAAGUGCUCUCUCUACACUCGCACAGCUCUAUGUUUCCACAGUCUUGUGUUUUCUCAGGAUUUUUCUAAUUUCAAAUAUUUUUUUCUCAAAAAAACAUUUCUUACUGGCAGGUUAGGGUUAGGGAUUGUUUUGGUCUGGGCACAGCUAGUAUUUCAUUCAUUAUAUGAAUUUGAUAGCCUAUCAACCAACUGGAAAAGGUAUUUCUCAAAAAUAUGUCUUUAAUGACAGGUUAAGGUUAGGGAAUGUUUUGGUCAGGGCACAACUUAAAUUGCUGUAGCAUUAUUUUGUUUCGGAUUAGCAUUUGGUAUGUAUUUUCUAAUGAUAGAGUUAACACAGUGCUGUGGGAAUAUAGAGAGCACUUCUGUGUGUCCAUCACGGAAAACAAUUCCGUGUCCAGGAGCACGGAAUUUUGGCAAAAUCCGUGCUUCUGGACACGGAUUUAGUGUCCUUAAUAUCCCUGUCCAGGAGCACAGAAAUUUUGGAGAUCAGGCUGUUCAGGAGUAGACAUGAGUGGAGAAAGAAUCAGAUUUGAUUUUUUUUGAGGCAGACUCACAUAUAGACAUGUUUUAAAUACAUACUGUAUUAUGUUACUAAUUGGAAAAGUAGAUCUCAGAACAAACAUAACAACCUGAGAAGAAAUGGAGUACAGGGGUACAAGGGGAUAUCUGCUUAAUCAGGAUGGAUAUUACUAGUCUAGCUCUCACCGACGGUGCGAUUGUGUACACAAACUACCGUCUGGUAGCACUGCCGUUAACAUGCUCUUCGCGAGUCAGAAAAUAAAUGGUACAUUCAUUGCAACUCACCACCAACAAAUUCCUCCAAAAACAUUUUCUAUUCAUCUCUAAAGAGUCAACAUAGUAUAGAAUCUGUCCUGUGACUCAUCAAUGCCAGCUGCCGUUAAUAUUUAAACAAUAAAUGCUCCGUUCAUUUUCUACUCGAGAAGAGCAUGUUAAUGGCAGCGCUACCAAACGGUACUGUCUGUAGCUCCGCUCCACAAUGGUGCUCCGGAGUUACACACACACACACACCGUCGGUGAGAACCAGUCUAGGAUAUUACUAGUAUGUGCACCAACACAAAUCUUUGGGGAUAUGACAUUAUCAUUAUAUUAAAUAUUGAUAAAAGCCAGGAAGUCAUAGGAUGAACAAAACGUUCUCAGAAUUGCACAUUUGUGAAAUGUAGCUGUUAACUAUUAUGUUUGCUGCAUUUUGAAGUUGUCUCGUCAAAUCUGAUACUAAGUAAUUUAUUUUCUCUUUGUUAUGAUUCAUGAAACAACACUUGCAUUUGUCAUGGAAAA